AUGAAGCGAAGAACCUCCGAUAGAGGUGGUGGGGAAACAUCAGCCAAGGUUCUCUGCCCAGGGAUUUCCAGCAGUAACACCAAAAGAGCUGGGCCUUUCAUUCUUGGCAGAUGUUCUAUUUUUAUGUUCCUAGGCCCACGUUUAGGCAACUCCCCAGUGCCAAGCAUUGUUCAGUGCUUGGCAAGAAAGGAUGGGACAGAUGACUUUUAUCAGCUGAAGAUCCUCACCUUGGAGGACAAGAAUGACCAUGGCACAGAAACCCAAGAGGAACGUCAGGGCAAAAUGCUGCUGCACACAGAGUUCUCUCUCCUCUCUCUCCUGCACAAUCAGGAUGGGGUGGUCCAUCAUCAUGGCCUUUUCCAGGACAGAACCUGUGAGCUGGUGGAAGAACUGGAGUCCAAUCGGAUGAUCCGAAAAAUGAGGAAACGUAUUUGUUUAGUGUUGGACUGCCUCUGUGCCCAUGACUUCAGUGACAAGACAGCUGAUCUCAUCAAUCUCCAGCACUAUGUCAUCAAAGAGAAGCGGCUUAGUGAACGAGAGACCAUUGUCAUCUUCUAUGAUGUUGUGCGGGUGGUGGAAGCCUUGCACAAGAAGAACAUUGUGCACAGAGACUUGAAACUGGGGAACAUGGUGCUAAACAAAAGGACCCACCGAAUUACGAUCACCAACUUCUGUCUUGGGAAGCAUUUGGUGAGUGAAGAUGACCUGCUGAAGGACCAGCGGGGCAGCCCUGCCUACAUUAGUCCUGAUGUCCUCAGCGGUCGGCCAUACCGUGGCAAGCCCAGUGACAUGUGGGCGCUGGGAGUGGUCCUCUUCACCAUGCUCUAUGGACAGUUUCCCUUCUACGACAGCAUCCCUCAAGAGCUCUUCCGCAAGAUCAAGGCUGCUGAGUACACCAUCCCAGAGGAUGGGAGGGUGUCCGAAAACACCGUGUGCUUGAUCCGGAAGCUGCUGGUCUUGGACCCUCAGCAACGCCUGACAGCCUCGGAAGUGCUCGAAUCCCUCAGCUCCAUAAUUGCAUCCUGGCAGUCCAUGUCCUCCCUCAGUGGGCCCUUGCAGGUAGUGCCCGAUGUUGACGAUCAGGUGGUCAACCCAGAACACGCGCAUGAGGCGAAGGUGACCGAGGAGUGUUCGCAGUACGAGUUUGAGAAUUACAUGAGGCAGCAGCUCUUGCUAGCGGAGGAGAAGAACACGCUCCAUGAGGCAAAGAACUUCCUGCAAAAGCGGCAAUUUGGCAGCGUCCCUCCAGUGAGACGCCUUGGCCAUGAUGCCCAGCCCAUGAACACCCUGGACGCCGCCGUUCUCGCACAGCGCUACCUUCGGAAGUAG